AUGGCCUCAGCCGACAUCGUGGUGGGGGGCGUGGAGAGGGGCCAGCCCUACCUGCAGGACUACGUCUGGGAACAGGAGUGUGGAAUGGAGGCUUUGCUGGUGCUUACAAAACCACAAACCCAGUACCGGCCUUACCGGCUGUGGGCGCUCUCCCCGCCGGUGCAGUUCCGCUCACGGCCGGCAGGGGCGCUGCUGGCCCCCGGCGGGCAGGGCAGGUGCGAUGAUUCCCCCGCGGCUGCAGGGGGCGCUGUGGUGCGGGCUCGGGGAGCACGCGGCGAUGGCGGCUUCGUCAGGAUGGGAAGUGAUGGAAGAGAAGCUUUGCUUCACAAACCCCUGGGGCUGUUGAUCCCGGUGCCCCAGCAGAACUCUCAGAAGCAGCAAGCUGGGCCCACAGGAUGUCUCAGCGGGCAGACAGGGAGUGCAGGGCUAGAGUGCAGCAAAAGCUCAGAGCAGUACCAAAGAAGCAGCAGGGGCAGGACAGCGGCGGCCCGGCUGCCAGCAGAGCAGGGAGAGGUGAGCUCAGGAUCCCAGACACCUGAGCAGAUGGAGAAAAGUCCCUCUUUUAGUGAGGAUUAUUUUACAGAUGAAAAUAGAGUACUGAAAAAGGACCCUCAACAGGAUUACCAUCUGGAAUAUGCCAUGGAAAACAGUACACAUACGAUAUUGGCUUUUAGCAGAGAGCUGCACACUUGUGACACGAAUGACAAGAGCAUAACGGAGAGCACAGUGCGGGUAAUAUGGGCCUACCACCAUAAAGAUAUGGGAGAAGCAGGUAAAAAUUACCAUGGAUCUAAUCGUGGUACAAAGAGUCUGCGUUUGCUGAACCCUGAGAGAGAGGAAGUCUCAUCUGCCUCUUUGCCAUACUUCGACUUGACAAACAAAGACGUGCCUGUGCCAGACAAGGACACAACAUAUUGGUGCCAAAUGUUUAAGAUUCCUGUACAGCAUGAAAAGCAUCACGUGACAAAGGUUGAGCCAUUGAUCCAGAAAGGCCAUGAGAACCUAGUGCACCAUAUUCUGCUCUACCAGUGCAGCAGCAAUUUGAAUGACAGUGUCCUGGACUAUGGGCAUGAGUGUUACCACCCCAACAUGCCAGACUCUUUUCUUACGUGUGAGACGGUCAUUUUUGCUUGGGCCAUUGGAGGAGAGGGCUUCACCUACCCUCCUCAUGUUGGCUUAUCCAUUGGCACAGCAGCUGACCCUCUGUUCGUCCUUAUGGAGGUGCAUUAUGACAAUCCAUCAUUCACAGAAGGCUUGAUAGAUAACUCCGGUUUAAGGCUAAUUUAUACUCCAGUUUUAAGGAAAUAUGAUGCUGGGGUUAUUGAAGCUGGUCUUUGGGUCAGCCUCUUCCACAAUAUCCCACCAGGCAUGCCUGAAUUUGUGUCAGAGGGUCACUGCACACUGGAAUGUCUGGAAGAGGCUCUAGGUGCUGAGAGACCUGCUGGGAUUCAAGUGUUUGCGGUGCUUCUCCACGCUCACCUUGCUGGCAGAGCUAUCAGGAUGCGCCACUUCCACAACGGUGAGGAGCAGAAGCUACUUGCUUAUGACGACGAGUUUGACUUCAACUUCCAGGAGUUUCAGUACCUGAAAGAAGAAAGAACCAUCUUGCCAGGGGAUAAUUUGGUCACAGAAUGCCACUACAGUACCGUGGACCGAAUUCGCAUGACAUGGGGUGGUCUGAGCACCAGGAAUGAAAUGUGCCUGUCAUAUCUGCUCUAUUACCCGAGAAUCAACCUCACCCGGUGUGCGAGUAUUCCCGAUAUAAUGGAACAGCUGCAGUUCAUUGGUGUCAAGGAAAUCUAUAGACCAGUCAGGACUUGGCCUUUCAUUAUCAAGAGUCCUAAGCAAUAUAAAAACCUGUCUUUUAUGGAUGCAAUGAACAAAUUCAAAUGGUCCAGAUCAGAGGGUCUCUCCUAUAAUCAACUUGUGCUUAAACUACCUGUGAACGUGAGAUGUUCAAAAACAGAUAAUGCAGAGUGGUCGAUUCAAGGCAUGACAGCUUUACCUCCUGAAAUAGAGCGACCAUACAAGACAGAGCCAGUAAUAUGCAGUUCAUCUUCCUGUUUAAGUUGCAGUUUAUUCCUUACCCUUUUGUUUAUUGUACACAUCACAGCCGGUACCAUAGGAAACACUGGGCCCUUUGUAUAAUAAUUUUUAUUCAUUUGUGUUCUGUAUGCCAUGCAAGUUAUGAUGUGUUUGCACUGUUGCAAUUGUAGAUUUAUUUUUUUACUUAUUAAUGAACUAAAUUUGCCAGAUCAAAACAAAAUGUGUACAUCCUCUGGAAACUGUGGGGGGUUUUGUUAUCAAUGUAAAAUAUGUAUGAAAUGCAGUAGGUACACUGACACAUUGCAUAUUGAAAUCUUUUCCUGUACCAUUUUCUUAUACUUUGU